AUUUAACUUUAAAAUAAAGGAGUCCCGGAGAUAAGAGAUAUCAUUGAUAUAAAAGCAAGUCUUUAAUAAUCUAGCGUUAGUCGACUAAACGCAGGUGUUCGAUACAGUUCGCUUUAUAUUUGUUAAACAUGAAACGAAACGUAAAAAUGGCAUCUCAGCACUUCCUCGCCCUGGCUCUCUUCGCCACCCUGGCUGUCACUCUUGCCGCCAGUCUUCCCAACGACGUGAUCGCCGGUUCUCGCAUCCCUGGCGAUCGUCUCAUCCAACGUGAGGAGGUCAAGAAAGACGCAAAUUGGGUAGGAAUGAAGGUCACCAUCACCAAGACCUUCGAGGGUGACAAGUACUCGAAAAUCUCGCAGCUCCGUGCCCUCGACCAGCACAGCAACGGACACGGCGCUACCGCUAAGAUCAUUGCUGGAGGUGUUGGCUUCUCUUACGUCACCAUCAAAUUCGAGAGCGAGAGGUUCCGCGGCAUUGACUUCGUCGUCGAGCUUUACGGAAAAUAGAGACUGUCUACUAUUGUGUGAAUUGAUAAGCAGCGAUAGAUCUACAUGGGCUGUUGGUUAAUAAUGGAUGGUUGUGCGAGGGAGAUUAUAUUAUAAAGAUUCGUAAUUUAUUUUUGUUAUUCUUCUUAUUUCUACUACCAAAACUGUACAGUAUGUUCGAUUGAGUUUGAAGAGUGCAUUACGAUUAAAAUUUACUAGAGCAAAUGAUAAAUAUAUUAAAAUUCGAAUCAGUCGUGAUUCGAGUGUGUUUUAUGCGAAUGACAUCACGAGACAAACGUUUUCCUGCAAAAAAUUAUGCAUUCUCGAAAAAUUCGCUUUCGCGAAAUCUCUCGCAUAAACUAAAUAAUAUAUUCCCAUAUGUCGACAUGUAUUUAGAGAUAACAGUGUUGUCAGUGUAAUCUGCGCAGGUAGUUUACCCGCCACGUUGUUAUCUUGUUUGCUAAUCUCAUUUGUGUUUCUAAGAAGUAGGCUAUUGAGAUAAUCGAAGAUUCUAUCGUUUCCUAAACUAUAUACCUCUUCUUCUCUCUCGCGCGGGAGCGAUCAAUUAAAAUCGCGCCUUAAUUAAUGAAAAGCGAGAGGGGAAAAAAGCGAGCGUUGCGCAAGCCGAUUGAGUCUAGACCUCGUGCACUGCUGCUUCUGCUUCAUGAAAGCGCCAGCUGUUCGACAGAUAAUACGGGCCACUGUGUGUAUGCCCAGGCGACGUGUGUACUUGAAGAUGUUGUACAUUGUCGCAGUGCUGAAGUAUCGAGGCUAACGAGACGCGAGAAAUAUGUGGAGCGAAAAAACUGUUCGAGAAAGAUGAUUAUUGAUAUUGAGAUAUUUCUAAUUUAUUUUUAUUACGAAGGUCAUUUUUGUGUCUUACAUGAAAAAUUUGUACAUUAAACGUCGGGUACUUCCCC